AUGGCGAAAAAACAAGUGCAAAAGAAAGGAGAAUUCAAGGCGAAAAUCAACAAGCCAGAAGACGAUGUCGAGUUGGAGGAAGUACAGGAAGAGCAAAUGGAUGAGUCGUCCAGCAACGAACAGAACGACGCAUCCGAUCUCGACGACGAUAUGAACGAAUCAGACGCCGAUGAGAGCGAUGCGGACGAUGAAGACGAUGAGGACGAGGAUGAAGAAGACGACGAAAUGGAUCUUGGUGAAGACGAAGACAAGGCAAAAAAGGGAAGCAGUGAAGCUUUCUCGGAAGCCAUGACCAAGAUUUUGGGUCGAAAUCUGAGUGCCUCGGACAAAAAGCAACCUAUUCUUGCUAGAGCCAGAGGUACGGAACGCAAAAUCGAGGAUGAAAAAUUGGAAUACAAGGCACGCAAGGUCAUUUCGGCCGAGAAGAAAGCCUUGCGAUCCAAAGGCCGCGUGAUCCCCGAUUACACAACCUUUGAAUACGAAAAGAGAUUACGAAAAGUGGCGACACGCGGUGUUGUCAAAUUAUUUAAUGCGAUCCUUACACAACAGAAAGCCACCGAUGUAGCGGUAUCCAGAGCAAGCGACAAUCACAAGACUUUGGCGUCUUUGGAAAAAGCCAAGAGUGUCUCCACCAUGUCUAAAUCGAGCUUUUUGGAUCUUUUGAAAACCGGAAAAGCAUAA